UAUGAAUAGACAGUUUACUAAAGAGAAGUCUAGAAGUAAUGAGGGGAGGAAUGAGAAGAGUGUAUUAUUAUAAAAUUGUAUAAUUAUUUUUUAUAAGUUUAGAUAUCACUAAGAAGGACUUAGAGUAGGUUAGUGGAAUAUUAUAACCAUAAUUAAGAACUUUAAAUUUCGAUGAAUUGACUAAUGUAUCAAAAUUAUAUAUAAAGCAUAGGGAACACUUGAUGAUCAUAUGAGUUGCCAAACAUUUUUGCAUUGUUUACCUAAUCAAGAUAAUUUGGAUUCUUUGAGUGAUGAUCAUAUGUGUCCAUACAAAAGAAAAUAUAUUAUAGAUUAAUUAAAGAAUGUCAUUAAUUAAGGACAAGGUAUAGAUUUCUAACAAUAUAUAUAGGAUUUAAUUUAUCAUUGCUAAGAGCAUUGCAAAAACGAACUGAUUCGUGUGAGAAGAAAAGUGAUAUUAAUACUUUAACUGAUGAUGAAAAUAUCUCGAAUAGAGGAUUAGAAUAAAUUAAAACAGUCAUGGAUAAGUAUCAGGAAAGAUAAUAAAAAAUUCAAAGAUAUAAAAAUAAGAAAAGAAAUUGGGAACGAAAAAUAUCUUACUCAGGAAGAUCUUAAGUUGCUGAAUAACGAUUAAGAAUUAAAGGUAGAUUCAUAAGUAAAGAGGAUUAAUAAUCAAUUAAAAAAUUGAUAAAUAAUAAGUAAUAGGAAGAUUUUUAUGAUAAAAAACAUAAUCUUAAUAUUGAAAAAUUUCAUUAGCAUACUAAAUUAUUUACAUAUGCAGAGGAUCCUAAAAUGAUUUCCAAAAAAUAAAUUUUAAUGGACAUAAGAGAUGAGUAUCAAUUUCAGUAAUAAUAAUUAAAGAUACUAAAAUCAAUCAAGACAAAAACUAAAAUUUUUUAGAUUGUUUAGAAAUAAAAAUCUUGA